AUGAAUGGGGUAGCAAGCGCUAAUAAGAGUGUGAAUCAGAAAAUAAAUAAUUCAUAGAUUGAGCUAAAGCCAUCUUUAGCCUAGAAGACAGUAGCUACGCUUCAGAUUCUGAACCCUAGCUAUCAAACUGCAGUAAAUAAUUCAGUAUCAUUUUCAGAAAGUGAAUUUGCCAAAGCUGGAGUAAACAAGCAUAGUUAGUAGUUGGGAAAUAGCAGUAAAUGGUUUAGGCAAAGAUAUAGAUCUAAGGCAGUCCCAUUUAAUAUCAUUGAUAUUUAAGAUAACCCUACUGCUUCAUUAAAUCAAUCAUAAUAUGGGCAAGAAUAUUCUAUCAAUUCUUUCGGAGGGUAAAGUUACUAUGGUUUGAUCAACUAUCACUAAAUGAAAUAAGAUUUAUAAAAUCCAUUACCAAUACUUACUUAAUAACUAACAGAGGAUCCUGAAUUCAAUGAUAAUUAAAAAAUGUACUAGAGACCAAAGACUACUAGCGGUGUUUAAAGACGCCGGAAAAAUAGGAACUCUUCCAUUUUCUAAGAAGGCAAUGACUUUAAAUAGUAGCUUAUUAAUAAUUACAAAGUUGAGCUUGAUUCUAGCCCUUAGACCAGAAAAUAUCAGAAUGCCCCUCAUCGAACUUAAAGUGAUUUUAAUAUUGAGAAAAAGACUCUAAAACGAAAGAAGCAUUAAAGAUCUAAAACUCAACUAAAUUUAUAAACUAAGAAGGUAAGUGAUCUCAUCUACACUAACCAAUAAGAUUUAAAUCUAAUGCGAAGGAAGACUAUUACUUCAGCAAGUAAUUAAGCAAGCUUUAAACGGAAGAGACAUACUUAAUAGAGAUAAAUUCUAAUAAAUGAAAUGCAAAAUUUGAAUAGUCUGUAAACUCCAAUCCAAAAUGAAAAGCCAAAGCUAAAAUUUCCAAUUUAACCCUAAGUUUAAGAAAUUAAAAUUGAAAAAGAGUAAGAGGAAUCUAUCGCUAAUAAAGCAUAAUCAAAGUAAAAGAGUCUAUUCGACGUUAGUAAGUUAAUAAAAGAUGAAAAGAUAAUAAAGAGAGAAAAAUCAGAGUCUAAAAGAUAGUAAUAAUUGAUUGAACAGCAAAUAUAGUAGCAAUAGGAAAAAUAAUAGCCAACCAUGUCCGUAUAACUAUCAUCUAAAUAUCAACUAAAACAUUAAGAAGAUCCCAAGCAUAGAUUUUAAAGGUUAAUGAAUACUGGCUUUGACUAGUCUAUUAGCUUAGUGAAGGAUAGGAUGGAUAAACUGUCUCAGAGGUUAAAAAGACACAAUAAUAAUUAAAAUACCAGUAUCCUCAGCUCUCAAAACAAAACAAUAGAUGAACAUCGCUAAAAAAGGCAAACAAUAUCUAGAGAGCACACUCAUCAUGAAUCUAAUCGUGAAGAUCAUAAGAGUGGGAAUAGGUCGGCAACUAGGAAGAGUAUUUUACUUUUGGAUUUAAACAAUAAAGCAGUUAAUAAUAAAAAAGUCAGCUUUCAAGUGGGCGAUGAAAUGAUUAGUUAUCACUAUGAAUCUACUACUGAUAAUAACAUUGAUAUUAAACCAAAUAAUAACUGA